AUGUUGCUGUCCUGACCCCAGUAAUCAUGAAGAGAAGGGGAUGAAGCGAAUUUGUCUGGAGAAGUAGGAAAUUUUAAAAUUUCCAGCAGGAUUUAUUGCCAGUGGCUGCAGAAGGUUUUGCAAAGCCAACUGUUGGUGUUAGAAUGGAUGAAAUUCCUCAAACUUAAGCGAAUGAUCACUGCUCAAAACAGUAGCCAUACUAAGUGGACAGAGUGGAAACAUAUGGAUGAAAUUCUUACCAUGCACUGAACAGCACAGCAUCAAGCGCAAAGCUCUGGGAAAAUGUCUGCUUGCAACACUUUCACUGAACACGUCUGGAAACCUGGUGAAUGUAAAAACUGCUUCAAGCCCAAAAGCUUGCAUCAGUUACCCCCAGUAUCGGAAAAAAAAAACCUCUCACAUGGAAACCUGAAAUCCAAUGCAAACCAAAGUAACAGCCAUCGUGGGAGAAAUACAGGAAACUUCCGACCACCUGUGGCAAAGAAACCCACUAUAGCUGUGAAACCCACCAUGAUGGUAGUAGAUGGGCAGGGUGUAUGUGGCGAAAUCAGCACACCAGAUCAUUGUGAGAAUAAAUCAGUGCCUGCAGGUUGGAACCGAAACAAAGCUGUCUUGAACAAAAAACCACUGAACAAUAAUAAUGAAGAUGAAAUUGAAGGUUAUAGCCAUGUUCAUAGGCCUUACGGCAACAAUGAUGGUGUAGGUAAGAUACCAAAUAACAAUAAUAAUGGACUGACAGAAGUUUUGAAGGAGAUUGCGGGUUUGGAUGCCACACCUCAGCUAACUGGAAAUGAAAUGAACUCAAGAGAAACCUUCCUGGGAAGAAUAAAUAAUUGUUAUAAGAGAUCAUUAGAAAGAAAGAUCCCUCCAAGCUGCAUGAUGGGUGGAAUGAAGGAUUCACACAGUAAGCAUGUUAUUCUGAGUGGAAGCACUGAAGUAAUAAGUAAUGAAGGUGGACGUUUCUGUUACCCGGAGUUCUCUAGUGGAGAUGAGAGUGAGGAUGACGCGUUUUUUGGCAGCAUGCAAGAAGAGCAUGAGAGCUGGGAUGAAAGUGAUGAAGAGUUGCUAGCAAUGGAAAUUCGUAUGAGGGGCCAACCUCGCUUUGCUAAUUUUAGAGCUAACACCCUAUCUCCUGUUCAGUUCUGUGUUGACAAAAAAUGGAAUACUGUGCCCCUUAGAAACAAGUCUCUCCAGCGGAUCUGUGCAGUUGAUUAUGAUGACAGUUAUGAUGAAAUUUUAAAUGGUUACGGGGAAGAGACUGUGAUUCUUUAUGGGCAAGAGAGCAUGCAGAGCAUGGUAUCUUCUGAUUCUACAUCUCCUGAUUCGUCUUUGACAGAAGAGUCUCGUUCCGGAACAACUAGCAGUUCUUCGCAGAAGCUCUGUAAUGGAGGGUUAUCUCCUAGUACUCCUCAGGACCUCAAAUUGAUUGAACCAGAAUAUGAAAGUCUUUGUGAUAAUCAACAAGUGAAGGAUGUGUCAAAAGCUCCCAGAAAUGUUCCGAAAAGUCUGGAAACUCACAAGGCAGUCCUUGCGCUUCGGUUAGAAGAGAAGGAUGGCAAAAUUGCUGUGCAGACUGAUAAGCAAGAGAAUAAAAGUUCUUCAGAUGUUGCUGGUCAAGCUGUAACUAUUAAUUUGGUGCCUGUGGAAGAGCAAGCUAAACCUUACAGGGUGGUGAAUAUGGAACAACCAGUCUGCAAGCCAUAUACCAUAGUAGAUGUAUCAGCUGCCAUGACCACUGAAUGUAAGGAGAACCAGACUGAAACCUCAGAAACCAAAAAUACAUCCUCUAACCCGAGCUCACCAGUAACUCCCGGCACGCCUGUUACAUCCUCUGCAGCAUCACCUGUACGAGUAAAUACUAAUCUGAAAAAAUCCAGUGCAAUCAGAUAUCAAGAAGUGUGGACUUCUAGUACGAGCCCAAGACAGAAGAUACCAAAGGUGGAGUUAAUUGCUAACAGCUCUGGACCUUCUGUUCCUCCCAGGAAGACAAGCCACAAAUCAGCUCCUACUUCACCUACAGCUACAAACAUUUCUUCAAAAACUAUCCCAGUUAAGUCUCCCAAUUUAUCUGAGAUAAAAUUCAACAGCUACAAUAAUGCUGGCAUGCCACCUUUUCCUAUUAUCAUUCAUGAUGAGCCCACUUAUGCUAAGAGCUCCAAAAAUGCUAUUAAAGUUCCUAUUGUAAUCAAUCCAAAUGCAUAUGAUAACCUGGCUAUCUAUAAAAGUUUUCUAGGGACCAGCGGAGAGCUGUCCAUCAAAGAUAAAACUACUAGUGUAAUAAGCCACACAUAUGAAGAAAUAGAAACAGAAAGCAAAAUGACUGAAGCCAUAGGAAGUAAACCCACUGAAUGUUCCCAAGCGAAGGGGGUGACUAAUAGCUCUGAAUGCAGGCUGGGUUCUGUGGCUCAAAAGGUCCAAGAGUUUAAUAGCUGUCUCAGUAAAAGUCAGAUAUCACCACAAAGAAGUCAUAGUUCUGACCACAGCUCCCCAUCGAGAGCUCAAAAGACAACACAAGAGCCUGCAGCAAAAAUAGACAUAACACCAGAGGCUUCUGUUGGCAGCAGCAGCAGUGGUAGAGAGAACGCGAGCACGGUGCUUUCACAGAUCGUGGCUUCUAUCCAGCCUCCGCAGUCUCCUCCAGAAACGCCUCAGUCUGGGCCCAAGUCUUGUAGCGUAGAGGAACUGUAUUCCUUACCCCCUGAUGCAGAUGCUACUAAAAACACCCUGGUACGACCCAAAUCUCUGUUUACGUCACAGUCUGAAAUAGAGUCAUCCAAGACGGUGGAAAACACUGCCGUUAAAAUGCAGAAAGACUCACUUUCACAGCCGGUUGCCACUCACUCUCCAAAGCCGGUGAGAACCACGCCAAAUACCACAAGUCCCAAAACAGAGCAAGCGCCACCGUUUCCUCCUCCACGGUCCACUUCGUCACCCUAUCAUGCAAGUAACUUGUUGCAAAGACAUUUCAGCAAUUGGACCAAACCAAACAGUCCCACCAGGUCGACAGAGGCUGAAUCAAUCCUUCAUUCAGAAGGUCGGCGAGCUGCUGAUGCGAAACCCAAACGCUGGAUAUCAUUUAAGAGCUUCUUCCGCCGCAGGAAAACCGAUGAUGAGGAAGACAAAGAGAAAGAAAAAGAGAAAGGAAAAUUGGUGGGUCUUGAUGGAACUGUCAUACAUAUGCUCCCCCCUCCUCCAGUUCAACGUCAUCACUGGUUCAGUGAGGCCAAGUCAGACUCCAGUGAGAAGCCGUCGAUUGUUUUCAUGUAUAGAUGUGACCCGGCACAACCUGAACCAAAGGCUGAUGUUCAGAACAAGAGUGGAGUGGAGUCUGCUAUCGCAGAUGCACUAGCAAAAGACAAAGGAGAAACGCAGGAAAAGUCUCCAGAGAGCUCUGAACAGAAAAUAGAGAGUCACUCAUCACCAGCUCCAAUUCCCAAGAAAAUCCCCAGUCAAGUGCCCGAUGAUACGACACUGGAGGAGUUGUCCCCUCGUGUUCCUAGAGCUGUGUUUGUGAAGCAGGACAAUGGUGGCAGUGCCUCAGUCAUCCCAGUAUCAUCUGUCCGUGUCCCACAAGGGGAGGAAGAAAAGGAAGAAGCUUCAAACUCUCCUGACUUAAAUCCCUGCAGUGCUACAUACAGCAAUUUAGGACAGUCCAGAGCAGCCAUGAUACCCCCAAAACAGCCAAGGCAACCGAAGGGGGCUUUGGAUGAUGCCAUUGCUUUUGGAGGACUAGUAGACCAGGAGACAAUAAACAACUUACAGCCAACACCACCUCCACUGCCAAAGAAAACCAUUUUGAGAGCAAACACAGAGCCGACUCCCAGAGAUCUCCAGAAGCAGGCUCUGGAGAACAACCUGUGCAUCGUGGCCAAUCCUACCUACGAUAUUGACACCAACUGGGAAGCAAGCAGCGCCUGCUCUUCGGUCAGCCUGGAGCUCAAAGUACUGGACAAUGAGUCAGGAGAUUCCUUGGACAGGCCUACAGAAAAACUAAGGGCAACAACCUCCGCAACUAACAGUGUUUCCAGCCUAACCACUAUCAGUAUUAAGGAGCGGUGUUCCAAUAGCAUGGAGUCUCUAACAGGGAGACGCAUCUCGCAGACUAAGCAGGGCAAAGGUGUCCAGAAGCCACAAAGGCAAGCACUUUAUCGAGGAAUUGAAAACCGAGAAGAGGUGGUAGGUAAAAUCCGAAGCCUUCAUGCUGAUUCACUGAAGAAGCUGGCACUUAAAUGUGAAGACUUGUUCAUGGCUGGACAAAAAGACCAGUUGCGAUUCGGGGUGGACAGCUGGUCAGAUUUCAGGCUAACCAGUGACAAGCCAUGCUGUGAGGCAGGCGAUGCGGUUUACUACCCGGCUUCUUACGCAAAAGAUCCUCUCAACAAUUACGCAGUCAAGAUUUGUAAGAGCAAAGCUAAGGAAUCCCAGCAGUAUUAUCACAGCCUGUCUAUCCGGCAGAGUCUGGCUAUCAACUUUAACAUCCAACAGGACUGUGGCCAUUUCCUUGCUGAAGUACCAGUUCGUCUCCUUCCAUGGGAGGAUGCCAAUGCACCAGAGGUGGAAGAAGAAGAGCAGGAAGAAGAGGAGAAGGAGCCUGAGCAAAAGAACAGAGAUGCUCCUUCCAACACAGAGACUUCACAGAAAGACAGCUCAAGCAACCAGGGGACCAUCAGCAAGCCACGCAGCCGUGUUGUGGUCAUCACGCGGGAGGUCCCAUACCUAACAGUGGCCGACUUUGUGCGAGAAUCUGCGCCCCGCCAUGCAAAAAGCCCAGAUUUAUAUGAAAGGCAGGUCUGUCUACUGCUUUUACAGCUGUGUUUGGGCCUGGAGCACCUGAAACCCUAUCAUAUCACACACUGUGAUCUGCGGUUAGAGAACCUGCUGCUGGUUCAUUCUAGGCCAGGAAGCAGCCCUCUGAGCUCUGAGUCCAUGGAACCCAGUCCCAACACUGCCUGCCCAGCCAGACUAAUAGUGAGCAAUUUCUCCCAGGCCAAGCAGAAGAGUCAUAUGGUGGAUCCUGAGGUUCUACGGGAUCAGUCCCGCCUGGCUCCAGAAAUCAUCACUGCAACACAGUACAAAAAGUGUGAUGAGUUCCAGACUGGCAUCCUCAUCUACGAAAUGCUGCACUUACCCAAUCCCUUUGAUGAGAAUCCAGAGCUGAAGGAGAAGGAGUAUACCCGUGCUGAUCUCCCCAAGAUUCCUUGCCGUUCCCUCUACUCUCAAGGGCUUCAGCAACUUGCCAGCUGCCUGCUGAAUCCCAACCCUUCAGAGAGGAUCCUGAUAUCAGAAGCCAAGGGAAUCCUUCAGUGUUUGCUUUGGGGUCCACGUGAGGACUUGUUCCACGCUCUAAGUACAUCUUCCAACCCCUCACGGAGAGAUGCUGUACUUCAGAACUGGCUGGAUAUAAAAAGGACGCUGCUGAUGAUCAAAUUUGCAGAGAAGUCCUUGGACAGGGACUGUGGAGUUAUUCUGGAAGACUGGCUUUGUUGUCAGUAUCUGGCUUUUGCCACUAUAGACUCACUUCACCGCAUUGUGAGAAUCAUGCAGCAGCACUAGUUUGUAGAACCUGUUGCUUUUCAUGAAGCACCCCACACCUACACCCCAGCCCUCACUCCAGCCUGCCCUAGGGCUCACACUUUGUAUAAGUGUUAAAAAAUAGCCUAGAUGUCAAAGCCAGCAACUCUGAGCAAAUAGGUUCCAACUGGAGAAAUUGAAUCCUGUACCAAAUAUGACAGAAACUUUACUUUUUUGCCAGGCCUGUUGGGGAUUGAUUAUAUACACAUGACUUAAUUUGGAUGAGACAGUAUGUAACUUGUUAAUAUCUGGCUGAAAAGGAGAGCAAACUUUGAUACCACUAUUUCUACCACUGCAGUAAACAAAUUGCCCUCCUCUUCUGGGUAGUUUCUGUCAUUUCCGUAUGUAGCAUUGGUUAAUGAAUAGGAGUGACCAUAAGCAGAGAUGGAUUAGUUGUAAAUGUCAGAGGAAUGAUCCACCAUGCCACAAAACGCUCAUUUGCUUCCGUUCCAUAUACCACACUAAAUUUUCUCUCAGCUUAGUCCCCCACAAGCAGACUGAACUCCUUUCUCCUUUGGUCUCAACCAAACAGAUUCUGAUCUUUCUCUUAUGCUUUACACCUUCUCUUUUUCCUCUCCAGAGGUGGUUAUCCUGCUGACUGCGACAAGUGUCAGUGGGCAGUAAGCAUCUGUGUUCAGUCCUCUUUCCUCCUUCUCUGCCUCUGACUCACUGCCUACCCAUAUAACCACAGAUCCCUGAUUUCAACAAUGCUGCCUUAAUCAGACCAUUACCCUUAGCUUAAGACCUCUGCAUUAAAAAGCAGAAUAUGCACGCUUUGUCUAUCCCAUUUCCUACAUGACAUACACCAGUCUGGACUGUUGAUGUACUGUAGCUAUAAUCACAUUUAUACAAGAACAAUACAACACAUGGUGGGCAAUUGAAAUUUCCCUUCCAUUGCAAAGGCACUAAAGCCUGACUUGAAAUGGAUAGGAUGUACGUAACCUUCUCUGACAAUCACUGCUAUGAAUCAGGGAUGAAAAUAACAGCCACCUCUUCUGUUUUAUUUUGGUCUGCUCUUGUCACUUGUGCCAUAUUGCAAAGUGGGACAGAAAUUGGCUCUGCUGGUGUGUUGGCAGGAGAUAGAAAUGUUUAGAGCUUGUCUGUGUGUAGCUAACAGGCCACAUGGAGACACUUUUACUGCAGACACAGUUCUCUGAAGGGUGAAAACAAGGGGGCAAAAACACUGUUGUUUAAUUAUUGAGGAAGCUGUUAAGUUUGGCAGCCACAACUAACAGUAUCAUGAUCCAUUUUCCCCACAGCGGUGUUUGGCUGCGUAUUUCGUCUGUUGUAACUGGUAUUUUCUAAUGUUGCUAUAGACAACACCCUAAAAAUGGAAUGUUGUCAGAAUAGCUCUGAGCAUUGCAGACAGAAUUUUGGACUAGAACAGGAAUUAGUGAGGAUUAAAGAGAUGGAAUUUUUAAAACCUCAACCUGAAGGAGCUUUUCACUUUUAGAGGCCGCUGCUGACUUUCUUCCCUGACUUAAUGGCCGUUUCCUAUGGAACCUCUGCAGUUGUACCCAACGGUAUCUUUGCUCAGUAUUGCUAGGCUCUGAAUUGUUUCCUGAAUUGCUCUGAAGAAUUGAUCUGGACGCAGGGGAAAAAAUGAUACCGAAUAUUCUGACCCGGGUGAUGGAAAGCAGACAGCCCUAGUUAUGAGCCUGUGCUUCUCUCCUAUGGAUCUAUGUGCAAUUCUUGUAUGUAUUUUUUAAAGCUGUAUGUUACAGUGUUCACUUUACAAACCAGCCUUUACCUGAUGCUAGAUCUGCAGCCCCUUCCUUUAUUACUUUCCUGGCACAUAAAUGCACAGAUAUCCGUGUGUUCUUUUUAUGGAUUGAUGUUUCAUUUUAAUUGUUAAAACUGUGAGGAAUCAAUUCACUUCAGCCUUGAAACAAAUAGCCACUUUAUACAGCAUAUGCAUGCUUGGACCAGAUGCAUGGAAACUGAACAAACAGUCCUGCAGGCUUAAAGUCAGCAAAACUAGCUCUGGAUCCACACCGUACAUUUGGAGGGGUUGAAAUGUCUCUAUUGUUCUUCUCUGGCAUCUAUCAGAGCUAAGCUGAAUAGUGUGUGGAAGCCUACAUCGAUUGUGCUGUAGUAUAGACUGUCUUUGUGACCUUUCUAAAGAUUUUUUUGAAACUUCUGAUUAUUGUUCUUUUGUUUGAUUCACCUGUAUCAGUGAAGGAUCAGGCAAGGAUAAGGAUCAUAUAUUUUAAUGUGAUUUUUUUUUCUUUCUCUUUUUGGCAAAAAGGUUAGGAUGGCAGCAUUGAUGCAGAAAAAGAGGACAGUGCAUUAAAAGCCCAAGUGCAAUGUAUGUAGUUGAGGUACUUCCACUACAUCAGGAAAGAAAGUUUCUACACUACUGCUGAGCAGCUUGUAGAAGAACCUUUACAAAGUAUCACACACACGUUCAAUGCAGCCCUGCUUUAUCUGGACACAGGAGGGCAAUGCUCUCAUAGCUUAAAUAACACCGAGCAUGACAAGACACUCGCUUACUAUCUACUAGCUAUUAGUCACAGUGUGUUGAGCUACAAGUAGGGCUUCUUGUUCUCUGUGGUCUGGUUUUGUGUUUGUUUUGUAGCGCAUGUGCACACAUAACUUCUCACCCAACUCACAUAGGCCGUACAAGCAACUCUUGGACCACUUGCCAUUGCAGUGGGCUCGUUCCUUGAAGCUGGUAGGUGGUUCCGUGUAUAAGGACACAUGUUCUCAGUGUCACUUUCAUGUCAACACGCACAUGCAAAGUUGAAUUUUGAAUGUUUUACAGCCAUACGUAUUUAAUGCAGCUGGUCCGAAGCCUUUGUAUCUCUAGCUAUCUAAUUUCAGUUUGUACCUUUUGUGAUGAACCAAUACUCAUUUUAGCUCUGCAGUAUAAUCAAGCAUGGAUAGAUGUUCACUACCAAUCUCCUUCUUGUGCAGCACUGGGUAAACUUUAGCAAUUUGUGAUGUUGUGUGUUGUUUUUUUUUUUCUUUAAAAAAGAAAGAAUGGUCAAAGUAGUCAAACACAAUCCGGCCUGAGCUAAUCCUUGGAGAGCUUGAGGCUGACUUUGCAGAUACGCCCAUAGCCGAUGAUUGUAACUGUGUUUGUGGUAGUUCUCCAUACUGGGAACAGAUUGUGCCACAUAAAUAUAUGAGAAUGUAUGCAUUAAACUGAUUGUAAACAAAUCCUAAGAAUGCUACAGCAUAAUUGCUAAGCGAAAGGAAAAAAACCCGCUCUGUUUGUAACUGGGAUCCUGUGUAUGACAGGAACAAAACCCCUGGCUGUGCAUGUAAUAACUUACUUGAAUACGUGCACAGAUCUUGAAUUUUCUUUUAGCAAUGUCGCACUUUCAGUUGAGCUCAAGAAAUAGGAAGAGCUGCAAAUCUAAGAUAACAGUAUUGCCUGUAAAUAUAUAUUUUUCUAUGAAUAAAAGCUGUCAUUCAAAUAUUUUUAACAUGAACUCUAAAGAUUUUUCCACUGGAAACUAAUUUCUGGAAAAAUCAAACGCUUGUUUGAAGAAUUAUGAUGAGUGGUUUCUGAUCCUAUUAGAGCCAUUUAAAACCUCUCUAACAUUACAGAGAGAGCACAGUGAUUGGAUUCACAAUGUUUAGUGCCUUGUCAAAAACCUAAAAUGUAGCUGGUCAGUUGAUGGAAAUCUUACUCUUUUUAUAAUAGCCCUAAAAAUAAUACUGCCCACAUUAGAAUGCAAACAACUUUACAAAACUAAAUGCUCUACUUCCUAUGAUACUGAGUUGAUCUCUUCAAUGAGAUUUGGUUUUAGAGUUUAUAUGAACAAGUUCCUUUAAGUUGCUUGUGGUACAGCAUAAACAUGCAGUAACAAAAUUGUGGGCUUUCAAAUUGGGAUCUGCACAGGGAGAGUAAUAGUGGAUAACAAGUCAAUUGGUCUAGACUGACCACAGGAUCAAAAGAAGCCUAUUGCUUUGACAAUCUACUGCAGACACUCAGCUUCUAGGACAUGAGGAAUCUGAUUCGUCUGGAAGAAGCGGUGAAGGUAAGAUGUGCUGCUCCUGCUAUAGGUAGUGGAUGUGCUGCACACCAUGCUACUCCCGAGAUAUUAGGAAAAAUGGUUUUGUUUUCUAUUUCUUAAAUGGGAAUUACUUAUUCACUAAUUAUCUUUCAAACCUCAGAUCUGAUCCAGUCAAUACGCAUAACCAGGUGAAUAUAAAAAGAGCCUACUAGUGAAAACUUGCCUACAAAUUUUCAGAAAUUAAGGAAUCCAGAAUUUUAUUCUGGAGCCUCUGAAAUGUCCAAAUAGAGAAGCCUGGUCUCACUUCAGUAUUUCAGACAUGCUGAAAUCAAUAACUCAAGCUAGGAUAUCAUGUUGCUGGCCCACAGACAAGAAUGCAUGUAGCAUUUACUGAAAAGUUCCACCUUAAAUCUGUUAUGCUCCACACAUCCAGGCAGCACCCCCAGGGUGUGAAUGGAUCAUCUUGACAUUUUAACACAGGGGAAUUCCCACAUAUUCGAAAGAAAAAUACAUUAUUUAAAUAAAUCACAUGUGUGUUAGGGUUCAGCUACUUGGAGAAUCUAUUCAGCAGCUUCACACUAUAGGUCCUUAACUUUAGCAUGUAAAAAUAGUAUUUGCUGCUGAAAUGAAAUGUAUCUGUUUCUCAGUUCUUGUGCUGAGAUGCCCCACCUAAUUUUUUUUUGUUUGUAAUAGCAAUUAAAUUCAUAUGUAAAUAUAAAUUAAGUAGUCUUGGUUUUAUUUAAAUUAAAUGUAACUUUUCUGAGGGAUACAAUGGAAACUGAAUCAGACCUUUUAAUGCACUUUCCUUUCCUCCUCUCCCCAAAUAGGAAUUCAGCUGUUUCUCUGCAGAAACAGUACAUGACCAUUAUUCCCUGCAUGACUAGGUCAUCUAUUUCACUCUGAUUUUGCAGAGGUAGUGUUGGUUCUGCUCAGACUCCUGUAAAACCUAGAGCACAGUCUGAGCCCUUCAGCCCACUGAGAGAGAGAUGUGAUGGUGAUUUAGUUAUGCAGUAAGAUAACAUCAGAGAAGUGCAGAAUCGAAUUUUAAAUACCUCUGUAAAAAUACACCUGUGGAAAUAUUCUGUAAACAACCACCUGGAUUCCAAACACUUCAAGGGAUGAAUUCACAAAAAAUACUUUUAAAAAGAAAUACUGGGGAGAAAUUUCUUUAGGGCACCCUCAACUCCAAAAGGAGGAGCAAGUCUUUCCCACUGCGAUGUUGCAGAGAAUUUCUAGUAGAUGUUUGUUUGGAUUUUAUUAUUCACCUGGAUGCAGUAUUAGAAGGAUGGUAACUUUGAAUAGGUGUAGAGUGUAAUUUAAAUAAUUUCCUGUAAGUCUCCUUGCAUUGGUACUCCACUCAGCAUUUAGUUGGAAACCACAGAAUGCUUUCAGAUCAGAGUUGCCAGUGAGAAAUGGAAUACUGAACUUACCUGUACAUAAGCAUUUUUCCACUCUACAGAAUUUGAGCAUUUGGUUUGUACUUUAGACUUUUUUUUUUUUUUUUCAUAAAUCCAAGGGGAAGAUUUCAGGGAUUUAGAAGAGUUUGGAAUUUUUUUAUAUGGAGGAAAUAUUUGUUCAUAUAUAUAUAUACAUACAUAUAUAUAUAUAUGUGUGUGUGGGCAUGUUUUAAUAUAUAUAUGUAUGUAUAUAAAUUUUUGUAUCCCAGAAGCAUUCUUUGCCCCUUUUUGCUUGAAAAUAUAUAUAUUAUAUAUUGUAUAUAUAAUAUAUAUUUAAGAGUGUGUAAAUUUGAAUAUAGUCAUUUCAUAAAUAACACCUCUUCAAAACCGACUUGAAACUACUGUUUCUUUGUCCUUUGGCUUGGUGGUAUUAGAAGGUUUUGCAGUUGAAAUCCUUGGGUUUUUUUCUUUUAAAACUUAAUUAUGCUGAGCAUUUAAGAAUAUGUUCUUGUUUUUAAUAAAAGGGGGAAAUUUAUUUUUCAAUUAGGGAUUCCAAAAUCAAUGGACUUUUAUAACAGAAUUUCUUUAAAUCCCUUGAAUAAGGGAUUUUUUUUUUUUCAACUCCAUUCUUGUGGGUAAUUUGUAUUUGGAAUUCCUGGUUGCAUUGCUUUAUCUGGUGCUUCAUAUUGAUAUUUACACGUUUUUAUAUAAAUAAGUAUAUAAAAUUCAAGCCUUCCUUUGUGAUCAGGGGCAGUUACACUCUGGUUUGCUGUGGUACUUUGCUGUGUACUCUGUGGCAUUCAUGUUACUGUGUAAAUAAACUAGUUUUAUUACACUCAAAA